AUGUCGCCAGAUCCAGUUGAAACCAUAGCUCCAGAGUUUCCAACGGAGGAACUCGGCAAGACUGUUGUUAGGGAAACUAAUGAGAAGACAGUAAUCGUAUAUGAGAAUGUGUUUCUGUACUCGAUAUAUCACAUAUCGGCGUUAUAUGGACUGUAUAUUGCUGUAACAUCAGCUAAAUGGCAAACCAUACUUCUUGCAUACGUCUUAUGGGCGCUCUCAAUCGGCGGCACCACUGUUGGAUCCCACAGACUGUGGACUCACAGAGCGUACAAAGCAAAGAUGCCCCUCCAAAUACUGCUCAUGAUCUGCACCUCUAUUGCUUGUCAAGGUACCGCUACGAACUGGAUCAGAGACCACAGGAUGCACCACAAAUAUUCCGACACGAACGCCGACCCACAUAACGCGAAACGAGGAUUCUUCUUCUCACACAUAGGCUGGUUAUUGACCAGGAAGCAUUCUGAACUGAAGCGGUUGAGCAAAACCAUAUAUAUGGACGAUAUCUACAAUAAUCCAGUGCUGAGAUUUCAGAAGAAAUACGCGGGUCCCGUCAUUGGUUCUUGCUGUUUCAUUUUACCAACGCUAAUACCAAUGUAUUUCUGGAACGAAACCUUGAAUAGCGCCUGGCAUCUGACGAUGUUGAGAUUCGUUCUAAACAUUCACGCGAUCUCUUUGGUGAACAGUGUUGCCCACAAAUGGGGUUACAGGCCCUACGAUAAGAAAAUUUCCCCUGUUGAGAAUAGUUCAGUGUCCUUUUUCACCCUUGGUGAAGGAUUUCACAACUAUCACCACGCGUUCCCGUGGGACUACAAGGCGAGUGAGCUAGGAAACCACUGGCUAAACCCAAGUGCGCAAGUCAUAGAUUUCUUCGCUUGGAUUGGUUGGGCUUACGACCUGAAGACGGUUCCUGAUGAAAUUAUCCAGGCUAGGAUGGAGAGAGCCGGUGAUGGGACGAAUUAUGAAGGAGGGAUUAACGUUAAAAACAAAUGUACUUGA